AUGGCAACACGUUUUGAGAUGGGUGACCUUGGUAAGUUGAGCUAUUACCUUGGGAUUGAAGUAAUACAACGAGAAGGGAGUAUAGUCUUGAGCCAAGAGCGAUACGCGACCAAGAUUCUUGAAGAAGCUGGGAUGAAAGGAUGUAAUGCAGUUCACAUUCCAAUGGAUGUGGGGUUGAAGAUAAACAAAGCUGAGGACGAGGAAGGUGUUGAUGAGAGAGACUAUCGCAGGAAUAUCGGGUGUCUCCGAUACUUGAUACAUACAAGACCUGAUCUUGCCUUUAGCGUUGGAGUUCUGAGCCGAUAA